UUCUGAUAAGUCUCAAUUUGUGCUGUCAAAUGAUUAAUCGCAUUGAAAAUAAAAGUUUUGCUUAAAUUUGUGUAUGAAAAUAUACAGGUACCAACCAGCCAUCCUGUUAUAGCUCAGUAUUUUUAGUGGUAAAUUUCUGCCACAAUUGCCUGUUUUACAUAAAUGUAACAAAUGUUUCUACCGUGCGGUUUGGACAGUAUUCAUGAAAUUUAAUGAGACGGUUUCUUUUUUAGACGUCAAGAAUGAGCUACACAGUAUGACCAAAACUGAGCAGGGAAGUGCUGGAACAGAUACAAGUGUGUUGAGUGAGGAGUCAUCCCUUGAAGUGGCUGUAAAAGUAGAAAAAGAGGAGGGAUAUGGAGAACCAAUCCCUGUAACACUCUCUGUAGUGGAGGAGCCUAACUCAGACAGACUUUCUCUGGCUCAGUCUCAACUGCUGGAAGACUGGAGACCUGAGCCAUUGCAGUCAGAGAGCUGCCAAACAAACAUGCACUUUCAGUCCACCAAUCAAUCCCUAGAUUUCCUGUCAUCCUCAAGCUCAGGUCAUCAAAGCCACUUCCCGAAGCUCCACAACAACAAUUACAAAGUUCCCGAGCGCCAUGCAUUUCCCCCCGGCCGAAGAUUGUAUCGUUGCGGCCUCUGUGAGCGAGACUUUAACCGCAAGCAGCAUCUCAAGAUCCAUCAGAGGAUCCAUACGGGAGAGAGGCCGUACACUUGCUCCAUCUGCAGCGCACGCUUUCGUCACGCACUGACACUCAAGCGGCACUCUCGCAUCCAUACGGGAGAGAAACCUUACGUUUGUGAUCAGUGUGGGAAAAAGUUUAGGAAUGAUGGUGGUUUGAAGUUCCAUCAGUGUUCAUGACAACAGUCGUAUAAUUGCACUGUCUAUUGUAGUCAUGUCUAUAGGGUUAUCCCAGGAAAGGAAAGGUCAUUAAAUAGAUGGUUCACCCAAUUUGACAUUUAAUGUAAAUAUAUUUUUAAUGAAAUCUGAGUGGUUUCUGUCCCUCUAUUAAAAGUCAAGUUAACCAAAACUUACAAGAACCAAAAUGGAGUAAAAUUACUUAAUAAAUAUUAAAUAAUAAAUCAUUUUUUCAGCCUUUUAUUUACAUCUUAACAAUAAUCAGCGCACACAUACAUAGAACAUAGCAUUUGGUAAACACAGAAGCUUUAUCAAUGAGGUUUAUUGUAGCUUCCAUGUGAUGGUUUACCAUUUGUGAUGCACUUUAUGUUUGUGUGUUUAUAUGUAGAAUCCACAUAACAUUGGAUCAAACCUCUUGAUUCAUAUGCGUGGACUCUUUGGAUCUUUUAGCCUGAGUUAGAGGUUUUAGUUACCUAGACUUUCAGUGGAGGGACACUGAACAGAUUUAACCAACACUAUUAUAGAAUUUAAUAUGCUUUUCAAAGAAUAAACAAAGUGUAAUGGGUUUGAAAUUACAUGAAUUUAAAUUUCCGGUUGAAAAAUCCCUUUGAGAUGAUAUUAAUGGAUCCUGGAUUCCUUGUCUAUGAAAUCCCUGCUUUAGGUAAAAGCAUGUGUCUAAUGGAUAUCGGUUAUACCUUAAUGCCUUUCAAAAAUAUCUGUAUUUCCCGGUGAUUUGAAGUGCCUGACAAGACUUUAAUACGAAUACUGUUAGAUUGAAUCACACUUUGAAAGAAUGAGAUGAAGUGAUGGAAAAAAAAUAGCAAAUUUUAUAUAAUAUUUCUAAGGUCUGGAAUAUCUUACAAGACUUCAUGUAGAAACAUGUAGUUCAUUAGACUAUUUACAAAGUUGGAAAAAUGUAUGAUGCCUAGCAUUUUAAAAUCUGUUCAAAUUUUAAAAGUCAUGUAGUGUCUUCCAGCCUUUAGCCAUCUGUGUUAUGGUGCUCAGGAUUAAUCUGAACUUGAACCCUUUUGUACUUGAUCUUCACAAAUCAACAAGUGUUAUACCAACCAUCAAAAUCUUUAAAAUGGAGACAUUCUCUCCAUUUCUAACUUGUGAAGACCCCUCAAACCACACAAACAUAAUAAAUGAAAUAAAGAAAAACACUACAACUGCAAGGGGAAAAAGGCAAGUAAUAUAGAAGACCUGCUAACUAAAGUUCAUCUUAGGUAUAUGGCACAGCAUAGAUUCAAAGCACAGAGGAAAAAUGGGCUCAAUGCAAUGUUAUUUUUGUUUUGCAGAUUAAAUUAGUUUGUGAAAUGAA